UGCAGUUUGGUCAGACUCAUGCUGGUAGCUUCGAGAACACUGUCCAACCAUCUCGUCCUCUGUCGUCCCCUUCUCCUUGUGCCCUCCAUCUUUCCCAACAUCAGGGUCUUUCCCAGGGAGUCUUCUCUUCUCAUGAGGUGGCCAAAGUAUUGGAGCAUCAGCUUCACGAUCUGUCCUUCCAGUGAGCACUCAGGGCUGAUUUCCUUCAGAAUGGAGAGGUUUGAUCUUCUUGCAGUCCAUGGGACUCUCAAGAGUCUCCUCCAACACCAUAAUUCAAAAGCAUCAAUUUUUCGGCAACCAGCCUACUGAUCUAAGGUGCUACUGGAAGGAAUUUUUAAAUUUAAUUUUAUUUAUUUUAUUUAGUCUCUUGGGAGUUGGGCAUUCCUAAUCUAGAAUAAACAGGGGAGAGGGUAUGAAAGAGAUUUAGGUCGUAGAUGUUAAGGGAGGACAACCACCCUGAAGUCACAUGCCAUCUAUUUAUUUAAAGCAGUUACCCCAAAGAUUGAGGCAGGUUUUGAUAUUUAAACUCCUGGAACCCCAAACUGAACGAAUUCUUCCCAUGCCCUUUCUGUCCUCUGCAGGCAGUGCACUGACCCAGCUUGAGAGCUACCCCUGCUUUCAAGUUCAUUGUGAGAACCCCAGAUGUAGCUGAGAUUACAUUUCCUUGUUCCGAAGCUGGCACAAUGGCUCAGAGGCAAUACCUGGGUCUUCUCUUCUCUUGGGUGGAGUAGAAACACCUGCCAGGCAUCUGCCUCAAGAAAGAGGCGGAGAAUCAGUCUGCAUACCUCCCUCUCUGUUAGGUGAUUACUUGUUUUGCAUUUGGCCUUGCAAGAUGUCAAAAUCACCUAAUAAAUGAAACCACACAUAUGACUACCUUGCUAUUCCACUUUCAAAUUGGGAGAAUCACACAUUUUGGAUAAAUUGUUUUCUUCUUCUUCCAGGAUCUGUUGACUGUCCAGGUUCUCUUGACCUUUGAGGAGGUGGCUGUGUUUUUCACAGUGGGCCCUGCUGGAUCCCAGCCAAAGAGCUCUGCACAGGGAAGUCAUGGAGGAAAAUUAUGAGACCGUCGCCUCUCUUGAAUCAGCCCUGAAUUACUGCUCAGCAAAUCCCAAAGAAGAAGAAAGUGCAGCAGAUUAUGAGCAGAACACUGGGAAUUAUAGAGUGCCACCUGUGGUGUCAUUGGAAACAUCUGUGCGUGAAGCAGGAAGAGAAAUGUUUGGGAAGCUAAGAGGACAGAAAAGAGAUGAAGGAAAACAAUCAAAGAAUGGGAAGAAGAAAUCUGCAGGUUCUCGGGGUAUUGAUGUCUGUGAUGUCCUACAAAAAGAUCCCAAAGGAAACAACACAGGGGGAAAUGGCUAUAAAUCAACAUUAAAGACAUGUAGCAGAACCCACACAGGGGCAAAGCCAUUUAAAUGCAUGAAGUGUGGAAAUAGCUUCAGUAGGAGCUAUAGCCUUACUUUGCAUCGAAGAACCCACACAGGGGAGAAGCCCUUUAAAUGCAAGGAGUGCGGAAAGAGUUUCAGUCAGAGCAGUAGCCUUAGUACACAUCAGAGAACACACACAGGGGAGAAACCAUUCAAAUGCAUGGAAUGUGGAAAGAGCUUCAGUGUUAGCAGUAGGCUUUCUUUGCAUCAAAGAACACACACAGGGGAGAAGCCAUAUACAUGCACGGAGUGCGGAAAGAGCUUCAGUGACAGCUGUAGCCUUAGUAGACACCAGAGAACACACACAGGGGACAAACCAUUCAAAUGCAUGGAAUGUGGAAAGAGUUUCAGUGAUAGCAAUAGUCUUUCCUUACAUCAAAGAACGCACACAGGAGAGAAACCAUUUAAAUGCAAGGAGUGUGGAAAGAGCUUCAGUGAGAACAGGACUCGUAUUGUGCAUGAAAGAAUACACACGGGGGAGAAACCACUUAAAUGCAAGGAGUGUGGAAAGCGCUUCCGGUCUCACAGUAACCUUACUGUACAUCGAAGAACCCAUACGUGAGAGAGGCCGUUCUGGGUAUAGCCUCCAUAAAAGCUUAACAACGCCCUUUUUUUUUGGUGCGAUUUUGCCAAAAACUUUGGCCAAAAAGGAAAAAGAAAAGCUCAACAACGUUGCCCCAAAAAAUCUCAACAACUUUUCUGUUCAGAUUUUCACUGUUUGAAAUAUGGCAACCCUAGAGCGGCACAAACAUCAGAGAGGUUUAAAUGUAUGCAAUGUGGAAAGAGCUUUAAUGUGAAGUGGUAAGUUCACAUUUAAUUGCAGCUUAAUAGAAAAGCUCAAUUAAUGCAUGGAGCUUGGAAAGAGCUUCAGUUACAGUGGACUACUUACUGAAUUUCCAAUAACUCACACAAGGCAAUUUGAGGGAUGAUGUUAGAGUGGAUUUUAGGGUGUCACUUGAAGGAGGGGAGAGAUCUGCGGGCAGGAGGCAAUGUGAUCA